UGGAGAUGAGAGUUUGUGAUGGCGACGGUGUCAGGGAGGGUCAGUGUCCGGCCAGAGCUGAGGUUCGGCGGCUGCUUGGGGGAGCUAUGAAUGUGAACUGUGCUGAAGGUGACAAUAGAUUUUAUGGUAACGUUGAAAACACUUCAUCACUAUGGAACAUAAUAAAGGAAUGUGUCCCUCCAAGCGAGAGAAAUGAAAUCCGGAAGAUUUUAGGAGCAUCUUUAGUCGACCUCAGCCUGGACUUGCAUGCAGAGGUGUCCACUUUCCUGGAAAUAUGGCAAGGGAUGAGAGCAACCAGAUUGACAGUUUCUCAAUUGCAAGCUUCACGUGCAGCUCUACCAGAGUCUCCUGCAAUCAAAGAUCUGCUUAGACAAGAAAUUCAAUUACUGCUUUUAGAUGUUCAAAAAAGAGCCCAAAAGGAGGGCAGGGAUAAGAAUGAUGCACUUGCACCUUAUAAUCCUGAUGUCGUCAGUUUUGCAAUGGGACAAAGUAAAGUUCAAAACACCAUGAAUAAUCCUGCAAACACAGUGAAUUUGAUAGACCAGCAGGUGGGACUAAGAACCUUUGAAACCAGCAACAGAAAUGAGAAUGGAAGCCUUUCAGGUCUUUCCAAUUCCAACUACAAGGAUAAUAUAAAUGCCAUAAAAGACAAGAUUAAUGUCAGAAAUAUUGAUGAAGUUGUGGCACAUUUGCAAUCUAUUUUACAAGAGGAAUGCAACACUUUGGAGAAACAUAUCCAGUUCCUACAGGAAUGCAUAGAAGAAGAACAUAAUUGCAGCUUGAAUUCAAUGAUGCAAAGUACAAUUCCAUCAAUUGCAGAGUUGAAAGAUGAACGGAAAAUUCUGGAACGUGACCUGCAGCAGGCACCAUCAAUACAAAGUCUAUUACAGGUUCACAAACCACCUGGGUGCAGGUCCUCAAAAAGAUCCUGCAGAAACAUAUCGAGGUGGAGCAACACAGCAGCCAAUACAUCAGAAGAAACUCAAUACUCCAUAUUGGCAGCUGACCUGUCAGAAGCUGAUCUAGAACAGAAAAUAAAAAAUCACAGUAUUUCGACCAAAGGUGAAUCCAGUUCCAAUGGAACUGGGAACUUAAAAACCCUUGCUGCACCCUCACACAGGACGUCUUUUAGGGCAGUGGACUUAUCAUUGCCUAGUUACCACGAUGAGCGAGCUUCAGCAAGCUGUCCUACAUCAGAAAAUACAUGUGCUCCUCAUCCUCAGUCUAACAUGAAAGGCCAGAGUAAAGUUCAACUACAUCUAAUGGGUGAUGUGUCAGGACCAUUUGAUAAGCGAGAAAUUGAGUCUACACAUGAUAGAACUUGCAUUGAAGGAUCGCUACUUUUACAAGCUGAUGUUCAGAAGUCAUUGGCGUAUUCAGAAUCUCCUAAUAACUUCGCUGUUUGGCAGCAGUCAGUUUCUUCCUCCAUCCAAACAGAUAGUCAUUACACCACAGAAAGUAAGAGGACUUUGUCAUCAAAUUUGAGAAACUCUGUUGAGGUAUUAUCUUCAAUACCUAAACAGGAUGGUCAUGUUCUUAUUCCAUCGCCACCUUCGGGUGAAAAGCCCAUUGGUGCUCAACCCAGGAACAUGCACAGAGUGAGAAGAGCCCGAGUAGACAGCUUGGCUGGCAGUGCCUGAACAGUGAAUCCAGCCUGAAUGUUCCAGUGAGCUGGCCUCCGUUUUGAAGUUUGGAUUAAUUUGGGUUGAUCUAAAUUGAUUAAAGAAUAAAUGCUCAAGUUCCCACUGUUUUGAUAGUUUACUUCCACUGUGCUACCUCAUUUUUACUUUAAGAU